UUUUGAUUCUCUCUUGAGUUUAAUUAAUUCUCGAAUGAAAAGGCUCCGCAGAUAACAAAGAAAAUGGGUACAUCAGGAGCAGGCGGAGGAGGAAAGAUCAUGCCGACACGAAGAGCACUCAGCGCCAUUAACAAGAACAUCACUGAGUCUUACCCUUACGCUGUCAACAACAAGAGAUCACUUUCUAAAAGGAAUGUUAUCUGUAACAAACCACCUCUGCGUCGACCAGUUACAACUAGGAAGUUUGCUGCCCCUCAAUUAGUUGAUAAUACGCCACAAAUCCAGGAGGAGGAAGCUAAGAAAUCAAACUCAGUUCAAAGUGAAGAAGCACUAGCAGAGAGGGUUAAUCGUAAGGAAGGAUAUGACUUUAAUGAGCCAAUGUUUGUACAACACACUGAAGCAAUGAUGGAGGAGGAGACUGAAAUGGAAAAUGCAGAUAAAGAAGAAGAGCUAGUAUUUAAUAUUGACGCUUGUGAUGAGAAGAAUUCUUUAGCCGUAGUUGAAUAUAUCAAUGAUAUAUACCACUUCCACAAGAAAUCUGAGGAACUUAGCUGCGUGUCUCCUAACUACAUAGACAAUCAGCAAGAGCUUAAUGAGAUGAUGAGAGGAAUCCUCAUUGAUUGGUUGAUUGAGGUGCAUGACAAGUUUGAACUGAUGGAGGAAACCCUCUAUCUCACAGUCCAUACCAUCGAUAGAUUCCUUGCGGUUCAUCAAAUCGUGAGGAAAAAGCUUCAGCUUGUUGGUGUAACCGCUUUGUUGCUAGCUUGUAAGUACGAGGAAGUCUCAGUUCCAGCAGUAGAUGAUCUCAUCUUGAUCUCUGAUAAAGCUUACACUAGAAGAGAAGUACUGGACAUGGAGAAGCUAAUAGCCAACACCUUGCAGUUCAAUUUCUCUUUGCCUACUCCGUAUGUGUUCAUGAGACGGUUUCUCAAAGCUGCCCAAUCUGACAAAAAGCUUGAGGUUCUAUCGUUUCUUAUCAUCGAACUUUGUCUUGUGGAGUACGAGAUGCUGGAGUAUACUCCAUCAAAGCUAGCAGCCUCGGCAAUCUACACUGCUCGGUGUACACUUAAUGGAUAUGAGGAAUGGAGCAAAACCUGUGAAUUUCACUCAGGCUACAAGGAAGAACAGCUACUUGCAUGUGCAAGAAAGAUGGUUGGUUUCCAUCACAGUGCAGGAACAGGGAAGCUAACAGGAGUUCACAGGAAGUACAACACAUCAAAGUUCUGUUAUGCUGCAAGAACCAAACCAGCUGGAUUUCAACUUUCAUAG